AUGGUCUUGGCUGUGUUCAACGGAGAGUUGAGGCAGCCCGGCAUUCAAGCCUUCCAAGAGAACGCAUGCCUGACAGACGAGUUGGCUGGAGACACAACCACAUCGUUCACACAAACCUGCGAAGAUGCAGAGAAAAGAGAUGGAAAUAAGCAGCAUCCAGCAAGAUCAAACAGUUCAAAACUGCAACAUCACCAGAGGCGGGCUUACCUUGAACAGGUAUCUUGA